AUGAAUGAAUUAUCCACCUCUGACCAGCAUUUUUAUGAUCUUAAUUUCCCUCCUGGUACUACGGCAAAUAAAGUCCCUAACAAGAUAAUCUCUGAAUUUGCUCCAAUAACACCAGAAAAAGGCAAGAGAGUAGAGGGCAGACAACUUUCUGAAACAGUCAAUUUAUGCAGUGAAGGAAUAAAUCAGGAAGGGAAUAAGGAGGGGACUAAAGCCAAUAAUCCUGAUAGGAUAGAGUGCAGUAAUGAACUCACACAGCCUAUUACUGAUUUCAUGCUCGCGCAACCGUCGAGAGAGAAUCACAACCCUGACAUGGGAGGUAGUCAUGACACGGAGAUAAACAAAACACCACAGCAAAAACCAAAGAGGAGAAAACACAGGCCAAAGGUAGUAACUGAACACAAACCUAAGAGGACUCCGAAGUCAGCAGCUACAAAUACUGACUCUAAAGAAAAUCAAACACCUAAACCUAAGCGGAAGUAUGUUAGAAAGAAGCCACUCAACAAAGAUUCAACACCUUUGCCAGCAGAAGCUGGUGGAGAAUCUUAUGAACCCAAAACACUUAGGUCUAUCAAGAAGUCUGCCAGGAGGUCAUUGAACUUUGACAAAGAAGAACAACCCAGAGAUGAAAAUUCUACAUGUGUUUCAACUUUUAACCUACAUUCAGAUGUACAGGCACAAAACCGCUGUAACAAAGAAAAUCUAGCACAGUCAACCACGCAGCUGCCAGAUAGAGUGGAAGUGAUGGUAGAAAACAUACAAAAGGAAGGCAACACCUGCAACCUUUUUCAUGCUUUGAACCAAGCACUUCCCGCUUCUGAUGGACAAGCACCCAGCACACCACUCCCAGCAAAGACUAAUCCCCCUCGGAGAAGAAAGCGAAAUGCCCCUUCACAAAAGGAAAACAAUGAAGGAGAAACUGGCCAGCUGAUUAUCAAGAGCCAAGAGGAUAUGAUGAGAAUCAUUUCCCAUCUUGACACUCAGCCAAGAGGUCCAGAUGAUAAAGAUAGUACUAGCACCCUUGUGACUGAGGAAGGACAGGCAAAUAGAUAUUAUUCUAGAGCUACUGACCCAGCAAACACCUGCAUAACAAAGGAGAUUGGGGUUCGGUAUGAUAUGUUACAAGCAUACGAGAGAAUGUCUUGGGUACAUUUUCCAAACAGUCACAAGAAGAAGAGAACUGAGAAAGGCCAACAUUCUACUACAUCUAGUGCAUCAUCAUCCAUAACGGCUUUAACCACUUUUUCGGGACAAGAAUCAAGAGUAGAUCCUUCUAUGUCAACAACUAACUGCUGGAUUUCUUCUCAGUCUGAUGCCAAUGGAGUGCCAACUUCACUUGAAGAAGCACAACAAAGUGGUUUACAGGAUAAAGUGCAAUCUAUUGAGUGUAUCCGAGGCAUAAUUCAAUCAGAAAAGUUUACAAAAAAGAGAUCCAGGGGCAUUUAUAGGGCUCGAGACUCAAUUUCUCUGAGUAGAAUUGUGGACUGCAACAUGUACCUAAAUUAUCCAGGUGGACACACACUAGCACAGUGUGAUAGGCAAGAAUCCAAUAAUUCACCCAGGUCUCAUCCAAAUAUAGAAGCCAUAGUUGCAAAUAUGCAAUCAACAUUGGCAAGAAAGAAGAGGACCAAGAAGAGGAACACCUUUGUCAAUCCAACUUUGCCCAGAGCAAAGGACUUGCAAAUGCACCAUCGAAUUGCCCUCAAUGAUCACAGAACUACUCCAGAGGUACUAUGGAAUCAAAUGUCCAUUGAGGCAAUCAGUGAGCAAUUGAAGCUGUUAGAUAUCAACAGGGAAGGUAACCAUAUUCCAUGUCAGGAGCAGAAUGCAAUUACCCUUUAUAAAAUGGGAAAUCCAGAGCAGAAUGCCCUUGUUCUUUAUAGAAGAGAUGGCACUCUUGUGCCUUUCUAUCCCAUAAAGAAACGACGGCCAAGACCGAAAGUUGACUUAGAUGAUGAAACUAAUAGGGGGAUAGACGCUUCUCGCCUUGGAAGGGAUCAGUUGUGGAUUCAGUAA